UUGGGUUUUGUGAAACGGACGAAAAUGAGGCUUGUUAUAUUACCCCUGCUGUUGGUAUCUUGCUGCCUCUGGGAGGUGGUACACAAUUGCGCCAGCAUAGAGCAGCGCUACAAGUUCCCAAACAGCAAUAUCUACGUGCGGCUCAGGCGAGGUGACAAGUUGCAGUAUGAGCUGAUGAAGGGAGAAAAGAGCCUGCAGACGGUGACAUUCGAUAACUUUGAGAGCAGCGCCAAUCUGGUGGCGACCAACAGUGGAGGCUACACGCUCACCGAUGGCACCACUACCGUGGAGUUCACCCUGGUUAAAAAUGGCGUGGUUUCCGGCACCGGCAGUGAGAUCACCCAUGUCAAGAUCUCCCGCGAUCAGGUCCUGCAAGGUAGCCAACCCAGGGAUUGCUUCCCGCUGAACACCGGAGAAACCCACUGGUUCAGUGGUCCGGAGCAGAAGCAACACUACUGGCCCGUAGAGCGGCAGAGGCACAGCAACUACUCCUACCUGCCCAAGGAACUGGACAACUUUGGAGUCGGUGAGCGUUACUGGCUGAACGGCAACGGAGUCUUCCUGUAUGUGGAGAGCAACACGCCGCUGUUUAUUGACCAGAAUACAGCGGACUAUCCGGAUCAGCUCUGCCUGAGUGCCACCAGUGCUCUGCCCUACGAUCCCCGAGUGACCUCCGCCAAAUUCGUGUACCACGUUGCUGUGGCCAAGGAUGCCAAGGCAGCUCACAAGUACGCGGUCAAGACUUUCCACGGACAACCGACGGGCUUCCCCGAUGAGCGAAUGGUCAGACAUCCCGUUUGGUCCACUUGGGCUCUCUACAAAGCGGAGGUUUCCGACGAUGUGGUCCGGGACUUUGCCAAGCAGAUCCUGGAUAACGGUUUCAACAACAGCCAGCUGGAAAUCGAUGAUGAUUGGGAGGAUUGCUAUGGAGCCAUGACAUUCAGGAAGAACAAGUUCCCCGAUAGCAAAAAAUUGACCGACGAUCUCAAGGCUUUGGGCUUCCGCGUGACUCUUUGGAUUCAUCCAUUUAUUAACAACAACUGCACGGCCAUUUACGAAGAGGCCAAGUCCCUGGGCUAUUUGGUGCUGGAUCACGAGGGUAGCUCCGAUACGCAGUGGUGGAACAGUAAGCCGAAGGAUGCAGCCAUUCUGGAUUUCACAAAAACCGAGGUUCAAGAGUGGUUCAGCAAACGCUUAAAGCGUCUGCAGGAUGAGGAUGGCAUCGAUAGCUUCAAAUUCGACGCUGGAGAGACUAGUUGGUUGCCCAGUGAUCCAGUUUUGCAGGCCAGCAGUUCCAUGGUGACUCCUCUCCAGGCCGUGGGAGAUUACGUACGAACUGUGGCUGCUUUCGGGGACAUGGUGGAGGUGAGAUCAGCCCAGAAUACCCAGGAUCAGCCCAUUUUCGUGCGCAUCGUAGACAAGGACUCCGAGUGGGCCUGGAACAAUGGCUUGCUCACGCUGAUCACUUCGAUGCUACAGAUGAACCUCAAUGGGUAUCCUUUCGUGCUGCCCGACAUGAUCGGUGGUAAUGGCUACUACGAGAAGCCGCCGACCAAGGAGCUCUUCCUGCGUUGGCUGCAGGCCAAUGUCUUCAUGCCUGCCCUGCAGUUCUCCUUCGUGCCCUGGAACUUUGACGAUGAGGCCAUAGAGAUCAGCAAGAACUUCACCGCCCUGCACGCCAACUACACUCCAUACAUCAUGAAGCUCUUUCAGCGAGCCGUGGACUCUGGAGAACCGGUGAACGCUCCGCUCUGGUGGAUCGCCCCCACCGAUGAGGUGGCGCAGUCCAUCUACGAUGAGUUCCUCCUUGGCGAUGACAUUAUCGCUGCUCCCAUCGUGGUCGAGGGCGCCACCAAGCGGGACAUUUACCUGCCGGAGGGCGAGUGGAAGGAUGGCAAUAGCGACCAGGGGUACACCGGACCCACGUGGGUGAUGGACUACGCCGCUCCCCUGGACACUCUGCCCUACUUUAUUCGCGUGGGAUUCCAAUUGGAGUAGAGCCGGAAGCAUUCCUCACAUUUUGCUUCUUAACAUUUAUAUUUUUGUACAAAAAAAGCCAACACAACUUAUAAGUUAAACUAAAUAAAAAAAGGUACACAGUAAA